UUUCAUCAGCUUACACAUGUCAUGUUUCCCUGUUCAUGCUUAAAAUGUGGAAUGCUUCCGCAGUGAUUGAAAUUGGGAAAUGCCAUGCAUCUCUGCUCUGCAACUGGAUUGAUGUCAUGUUUCAAUGGACAAUGUGUUGCUUUUUGCACUUCACAGAAUAAUUUGGCGUGAUGUUUGGGAUGAAUAUGCACGGUCCAGUUCCUUUCAGUUUUGAACCAGAAUAUGCACCAGGAGAAAGAAGACCAAAACGACGCCGAGAUAGUAAUGGAAGCAGUGAUGUAGAAGAACAUGAAGAGAACACCCAGAGCAUGACUUGGUGCACGUGUGAAAAGUGUGUUUUAAUGAAUACGCCACAGGAGUGCUACUGCUGUGUAUCGUCCCAUCGUGCACGUGCCAAAAUUGCUCAGCUUGAACUCGCUGUUCAGCCAGUGUGCAUCACUGAUCACACAGACUUUGAAAUGGCGUGCCUAACGCCACUUGUACUGGAAUUGAUUCUGCGGUCAAUGCACUACGUUACAAGGCGAUCACGCAGCAUACAGUGGACCAAUAGGUUGUACCGUGUGGUGGCAUACCGUGCUUAUGUGCUAUGGAUUUUUGAAAAUCGAAGACUCGGACGUGGGAACAGAGUUGUAAUUCCAGCAUGUGUAGUGUCACGUAUACGACAAAAAUUCCCUGAAGACGACAACGAAUAUGUUGGUUUCCUGCCUUUUGAUGGGUUUUGGGUAUACCCGGAGUAACGAGCACAGAUUGGUGUAAUGAAAGUUGAAUGACUAUUCAUUGUCUAUAAUGGACCCCGGAACAUUAUGUUUCUCUGCUCUAAGGAUGUAUGAAAGUGUAAAAUGUCCUGUGCU